AGAUGCGAUCGGCUCUCAACUCCCGGAUCGAGAGCUGUGCCCCGACACCAGACAAGAACCGUCAUGCCGGUGCCGUUGCCUGGCAACACCGUAAACACACGCAGAGGAGACCAGUUGACCGUCCGCUACGACCCUGAGUGUGUACCUUGCAGCUCGGCACCCUCCUACACACUCUCUCUCUCUCUCUCUCUGUCUCACUCUACACCGCUACUCUCCCUCACCACAACCGCCAUGGAUACUUUGAUUGAGGACAAGGAUAGGCCACAGCCCUUACUUGUAGCAUUUGGAAACCCAUUGCUGGACAUAACUGCUGUUGUUAAAGAUAGAAGUUUACAUGAUGAAUUUCAACUUCCUGUAGAUGGCCAGUUGGAAGUUAAUGCCCAACAACGAGCUUUAUUUAGCUUGGUUAUGAAAAAGUAUCCUGUUGAGUACACGGCUGGAGGAUGUGCUCUCAAUGCCUCCCGAGUCUUUGGCUGGGUACUGGGCGAACGCCAUAGGGUUGUGUUUGUCGGAGGAAUUGGCAAGGAUGAGCAGGCAAAGAAACUCUCCACAAUUAUACAAGACAGUGGAGUUGUCACAAGAUUUGUGGAUGUAGAGGACCAGCCAACAGGCAUGUGUGUGGCACUAGUUUUAGGAGCUUGCCGAUGUUUAUGUGCUGAUAUUGGAGCUGCUAAUGUUUGUGAACCAGAUCAUGUCUUCAAUUCCCAUCUCCUUCCUUUGCUGAACAAAGCAGAAUUUGUAUAUGUAGAAGGAUAUUUCAUCACACACAGUUUUUCAACUGCUCUCCAGAUUGCCAGAUUUGCUCAGAAGAACAAGAAAACUUUUGUAUUUAAUCUGUGUGGAAGCUACGUGUGUGAAAAUCAUCCCAACGAAUUAGCAGAACUUUUGCCGUAUGUGGACAUCCUCUUUGGUUAUGUAGAAGAGUACAAAACCUUGGAUAAGUUUGUUGACCUUGAGAGAGUCUCUACCAGUCACAUGAUCAAUCCCAAUAACAUAUCUCAUGAUGUAUUGCAGGUCUUAAAAGCCAUUAAAGGUGAGGAGAAGAUUAUAAAAGACAGUAGUAUUUAUAUAUCAGAAGAACUACAAAAGGUAGCCAAACUUGAAUCUUUAAAAAUAUCUGAUAAUCAUUUCAGUCAUAAAGAUAGUGUUGUGGCUAAUGGAACCACAAAUGGUUUAAUCAAUGGUGUCAUUAAUGGUCACAGGAUUAAUUUUAAUGAUUCUUUAUAUAAUGUAAGUGGUAGAAAACAGAAACUGGUGGUUGUAACUAAGGGCCCAAGUCCACUUUUGUAUGUCCAUAAUCAUGAAGUUCGAGAACGUCCUGUUCCCCCAAUCUCGCCCAAAGGCAUUGUAGACACAACUGGUGCAGGUGACUCAUUUGUGGGAGGAUUCUUGGCUGCCUUGAGCACAGGGCAGCCUAUUGAAAAGUGUCUGGAUUGUGGUACAUGGACAGCUCAAAAGCUUCUGCAACAAAAGGGAUGUACACUUCCUUCUUUCCCAGCCACUUUUCUUAGUCAAAAUUGAGGGAUAUAAUAUCUGGCUCUAAACACUACAUUUAGGACAUCCUGUUAUUUUAUUUUUUAUCUGUGAAUGGUGGCAAAAGUAACUGUUGAAGCCUUCUGUAUUCUCAUUUAUAUAGUGAUAACUAUCUGCAGAUAUUUAAAAUAUACAUCACUUAUGUAUUGUCUUGUUUUAGGAGGAUUUUUUUUUUUUAGGAAGAUUUUCAGUGAUUUAAUGUAGAAGGUACAUACUGUAUACUUUUAAAGGGAUUUUAUUUUUUUAUAAUUGAUCCAGUUGUGAUUGUCUUUUACUAGAUAUGAUUUAUAAUAUAGCAAAUUCCUCUGAUUUGUUAAAUCAUUCAUGCUAAUUUCCAUAACCCAAAACCUGCCACUCAUUACUUGAUUACUAGAAUUUAAUCAAAUUAUUUUUUCAUUAAUUUGUAUGAAUGUGGCAUUAUAUAUUUUUGCAGAUAUUAAUAUAACUAUUAUAAUACUGUACUAAUAUGCAUAUUAUUAUUUGUGCUGUUGUGAUAAUACACAGUAUUAUUUAUUUUAUAAUUUAAAAUUCUUUCCAUGAGCCAUUACUUUUUAGGCUAACAUCAGAUCUUUUUAGUUUGAAGAGGUCUUUAGGGUCCACAGCCAUGUAAGACUUAGGACUGACUAUGAGCAUACCAAAGUAAGUUAAGUAUAUCAUUUUUUCUAGCAUGAAAUACAGGUCUGCCAUCACAAAUCCGGCAUCAUUGGGACCUGUAGUGUGCCAGAUUAUUGAGUUUACCAGAUUACAGAGUGGUCAGGUUAGAAUACACUUAAUAAAGUUAACCAACUUGACUUACACAAAAAAGUUCAUUGAACAUCGGCAAAAAUUGAACAUUUCCACUACUUUGGACUCAAUUUCAAGGUACUUUUUGCCUUGAAACCAAUCAAAAUCAAAUAUAUUUCUGUAAUAUAUUUUCCAUUCUUUAAAAUGAGACCAAAAAACGAGAAUACAACCAUAAAAACAUACAAAAAUUUACCGCUAAGGGGCGGCUAAUGGUUGAGAAGUGAACUCCAUUAUUAUCGUCAGAUUUUUUUCAUUUUUGGUGUAUGUUAAGAAGCAUCUUUCCAUCAUACAUUACCCAAGUUUCAGUAAGAUGCCCAACAAACAACUGAGAGAAAAAUAUUUACCAAAAAUCAUAUAUGGCAAGCCCAAGCCAGGUACUGGAAGUAAGUCACUUUGGCUUUUUUGGGUUAUCCUUGGUUCUCUCUACAUACGCUGCUAUGUAUGAUAAUCUAUGUAACUAUAUAUGUGUAUUCCUGAAUAAACUUUAUUCUGUUAUGUUGACUGAGUACAAGAAACUGCCCAUUCACCUAUUUCAACUACCCAAUAAAGUGGUCAGAAAUUGGCAAUUUGACCAAUUUCACACAAAUUUCAAAAGAUGCUAAUUUCAAAAUAGGGUCCAGAAUAAACAUGCAGAUAUUCCUGGCACUAAAAUAACAUUUUCUCUGUACAUUAGUCAUGGCUCCAGGCCCCUCUUAUAUUACUCUUGCUUUCCAUUUGGAAUUUUUAUUCACACAAAAGAUACAAGAUUUACUGUUAUGCAGACUAUUGCAUUAUUAUAAUAAUUGUAUAAAUAAUGUGAACCCAUUCGUGACUGUGUAUUGGAAUUUGGACUGGCCAUUCGGACACAUAUUGGACUAUGACAUCAUUUGUUUACUCUUGAACAUCGCCAAAGAAUCGAACAUUUCUGCUACUUUGAGCUCAGUUUCAGUCAAGAUCAUAUCUAUUUCUUUAAUAUAUGUUCCAUUCUAUCAAAUAAGAAAAAAAAAAUGAGAAUACAAACAUAAAAACCAUACGAAAAUAUACUGCUAAGGGUCGGCUAAUGGCUAAUGAACUGUUAUUAAUUAUCCGAUUUCUUUAAUUUUUGGUGUAUGUUAAGAAGCAUCUUUUCAUCAUACAUUGCCCAAGUUUCAAUAAGAUAGCCCAACAAACAACUGAGAAAAAAAAAUUUACCAAAAAAUCAUAUAUGGCAAGCCCAGGCCAGGUACUAGAAAUAAGUCACUUUGACUUUUUUGGGUUAUCCUAGCUUCUCUAUACAUAUGCUGCUAUAUAUGAUAAUCUCUGUAGAGAAAAUAGCUUUUUUGUUUCAGUUUUAUGGUGCAUUUUGAGUGUAUAUCACAUCCCUGUGCUCUACUCUGUUUUCUCUAAUAUAAGCCCCAAGACAGGGAUAGAAGAAUGGUACGUUUACCCCCUGUUUUCGUAAUUAAUCUGUUCCAGAGAAAGUGACUAAACCUGAAUCUGGCAAUUUCUGAAUUAAUUUUCCCCAUAAGGAAUAAUGUAAAUCCAAUUAAUCCAUUCCAGACACCCAAAAGUAUUAAAAAAUUAAUUUUUUACAUGAAAUAUACAUUUACCUACACAGAAAACAAUAAGACAUGCAGAAUAAAACAAUAAUAAAAUAACACUUACCUUUAUUGAAGACUUGUUGACGAGUGAUGAGAUGGGAGGAGGGGAGAGGAUGGAGGUGUACUAUUGUUUGGAAGGGGAAUCCCCCUCCAUAAUGACUUCAGGUACCAAGUCUUUUUCUGGGGUUACUUUCCUUCUUUGUUUUUUAAUGUCCCUAGGACCAGCUUGAGUCACUGGACCCCUGUUGCUCAAGAAAGUGUUCCAGAGAGGUCUGUAUCUGGCAUUUCUUUAAAUUUCCCUUAAAUAGGACACAACAUUGCCAUUGUACAUGUUGCCAACAUGGCUUGCAACAGCUUUGUCACGGUGAAGUUCAUCCAUAAAUGUUUGCACCUCAGUCCACCUUGCACAAGUGUCCUUAAUCUUUGAAGAAGGCACAUUCCUCCAUCUCUCUUCCUCCUCCUCUGAAGUAGUUUCCUGAGCUGUGGUCUGUUGCUGUUGCAGAUGAAGGUCUUGCAGCUCUGUAGUGGUUAGCUCUUCAUCAUGGUCCUCCACCAACUCUUCCCCAUCCUUGAAACUCGCAUCCAACCCCAUGGAAUUCCCCAAUGCCGCAAUAGUACUUUCCACAACUGGCAUAGGCUCGUCAGGGUCAGCCCCCAAUCCCUUCAAAAUCCCCUCUCUUGGACACAUUCUGGCCACAGUUUUCUCCAAACAGAGUUCAAAGUCCUGGAAGUUACUCUCUCCCAAGCUGGUAUAAGGCUUAUGCAAUGGAGGAUAUUGAAGUGAUCUUUCCAGAACUCUCUUAGGGUCAAUUCAGUUUCUGAGGUCACUUCAAAACACUUUUGAAACACUGGUGUACAGUUUUUUGAAGUUUGAAAAUCUGAAUGCCUUCCACAUCCCCCCCCCCCCCAGGCGCUGUAUAAUCCUCCGGGUUUAGCGCUUCCCCUUGAUUAUUAUAAUAAUAAUCUGUCGAGCCACUUGGUAUUAUGCCAAGUAUUAUUCAUUAUGGAGUAUUUAACGUGUUUUUAUGUCAUUUAUAUUGUUUAUUAUGUCAUAUUAGAUCAGUUGUGAUAAGCAAAUAAGCCAUAGUGUUGAUAUUAGUGUAAUAAUAAAGCAUAUUUCCCUGCAUCGUGAAACUGAGCUCAUGGCAACCGACAGUGGUUUGAAAGCCACCUUAUCUUUUAUGGACAGUGUACUGUGUAUGUGAUUUACUCAACGAGAAUCAUUUAUCCGUUGGAACCGUGGCUAGGUCUAAAAGUGAGCAGGUUAUAACCAUAAAUGGAGAAAAAGAAAUUGGAAUGACUUAUGCAGGAAGUAGUGCCACCAAACAGUAACAGCAGGUUGGUGUGGCAACCCUGGAAAUUUGAAAUUAUACUAGCCAGAAUUAGUGCUGAAUAACUGAUGGAACUGGAUGUCUGCCGGAUUUGUGAUGGCGGACCUGUAAUUAGAAAAAAAGACAAAAGGCUUGUAUCACUAUAUUCUUCUAGGACAUACUUAGCAAAGUACUAAGUGAUGUUUAUAAAAAUGUAUGACUAUUGAUGUAAGAGAGAAGUGCAUAGCAAAUAUUGUUUUGUUACUUAAUUUUGCUGGUAAGCAAUAAUAAUAAUAUGUUUAGAUUUAUUUAUCAACCCACAUAAAUAAAUUUACUCAUUAAAACAUGCAAUACCUUUUUUUUUUUUUAACACUGGCCUUGUGCCACCGAGGUAGGGUGACACAAAGGAGAUGCUUUCACUGUCACACCUGGGUAUAUUUGAGAGAUGGUUCUUGCUUCAAGGGCUUUAUCAGUCUAAUAGAGGAGGAUAAGAGAGGAGCCUUUUGUAAAGGAGGAAGAAGUGAAGCAAAUUAGCAGGUAGUAUGCUAAAACCAUUAGGAAUUUUAAAAGCUUGUAUGAUAAAUUCAUAACAGAUGACAGACCACUAUGAGCGUAAGUUUUAUUUCUGAAACUAAAAAUCAGUACAUGUAUUUAUAAGACAGCGAGAGUGUAAAUGAUGGUGAAAGAGUUUCUUUUUUGGGUAACCUUACCUCGGUGGGAGACGACCAGUGUGUUAAAAAAAAUGUAUUUACAAAUAAGUAAUUCCUGGUAGUAGGUGGUAGACAGCAACCACCCAGGGAGAUACUACUGUCCUACAAAGUGAGUGUAAAGCAGAAACCUGUAAUUGUUUUACAUGAUGGUAGGAUUCCUGGUGUCUUUUUUCUGUCUCAUAAACAUGCAAGGUUUUAGGUACACCUUGCUACUUCUGCUUAUACUUAGGUCACACUACACAUGUAUGAGCAUUUAUAUACACACUCCCUCUGGGUUUUCUUCUAUUUUCUUACUAGUUCUUGUUCUUUUUUAUUUCUGCUCAUCUUCAUGGGGAAGUGGACAGAAUUCUUCCUCCGUAAACCAUGAGUGUCGUAAGAUGUGACUAAAAUGCCGGGAGCAAGGGGCUAGUAACCCUUUCUCCUGUACACAUUACUAAAUUUAACUCUUUCAGGGUCCGUGCCAUAGAUCUACAGCUUUACGUUCAGGGUCCGAACAGUAGAUCUACGCCAUGAGCUCAGCUCACUCUGAUAAGCUGUGAGCAGUAAAUUUGGGCCUAGAUAUGAGAGAAUGCAUCUAUGUUGUAUGUGUGCACCACAUAAAAUAAAUCCUGCAGCACACAAUGCAUAAUGAGAGAAAAAUACUGAGACUGUAAUUUUCGAUUAAAACGGCAACUUUGCAGUGUUUUUUCGUAUGUUUUUUAUAGUUGUAUUUGCAAUUUCUUGGUCUCAUUUGAUAGAAUGGAAGAUAUACUACAGAAAUAGAGAUGAUUUUGAUUGGUUUUAAUGCUGGAAAUGGCUUGAAACUGAGCUCAAAGUAGUGGAAAUGUUAAAUUUUUGCCGAUGUUCAAGAGUAAACAAAUGACCUCACAAGUCUAAUACAUGACAGCUGGUGGGUCUGAUAUACAUUCACAAAUGUGGUAAUAUUAUUUAUACAAUUAUUACAGUAUUGCAUAACAGAAAUCUUCUAUUUUUUGGUUUGAAUAAAAAUUCAUUAUGUGAAUAAAAAUCAAAAUGGAAACAUAACUAAUGAACAGAGGAAAUGUUAGUUUAGUGCCAGGAAUGCCUGCAUUGUUUAUUUUGGACCCUAUUUUGAACUUUGCAUUAAAUUGGCCAAAUUACCAAUUUCCAGUCACUUUAUUUUGUUGUUGAAACAGUCGACUUGGCGAUUUCUUGUGCUCAAUCAAUAGAAUAGAAGUAAUACUAGUGAAAUAGCUAAGAAUUUGGUUGACUGGAAUACGUAUUGUAAUUGCCCUAAAAUGGGAGUCAAAGUCAGGCAAAAUCGCCGAUGCGUAAAUAUCGCUGACACAUCAAAAUUUGCGAGAGCAUAAUUUUGUCAGUUUUCCAUCAAAUUUCAUACUUUUUGUUUUAUUACCUUCAGAAAAAGAUUCUCUACCAUUUCAUAAGAAAAAAUAACAAAAUUAUUUUUUGGAUAUUUCUUUGACCCUGGUGCACACUUUAAAAUUUGGCCUCUGUACCCUGAAAGGGUUUAAAAAGAAAAACUUUUUUCUUUUUUAAAAACAUUUUUUUUUUUUUGUUUUUCUUUUCAAAAAAAAAAAACUCAUUUUCUUGAAAAAAAAAAACUUUUGUUUUUUUUUGUUUUAGGUCACCCUGCCUUGGUGGGAUAUGGCUGGUUUGAUGAAAAAAAAAAUAGGUAAUUUCAGGUUUUCUACCAGGCUAGUCCUUGAGACUAAGGACUUGAGCUUUGAUGAUAGAUUUUAAAAAAUGAUAGCUUAAAGAGCUUGUAUUGUAUCUUGUGGUCACAACAUGCAUGAUACAUAGGUAUUGGCAUUGUGAAUACAGACAGUUUGGAAGGGAUAGGAUCAUGAUAAGGCUAAUAAGCCAGUGGAACAUUACCAGGGAAUAUAGCAACAGAGACAAACUCCUUACAGGAAUUCCAGUGUAAAUAGUAUACAAAAAAAAAGACCUUAAGAAUAAUGAGGAAUUGAUGGUUAAAUGAUGAGGUUCAGGAACUAAAAUUUAAACUCUGCAAACAUAGGUGAGUACACCUUGGGUCACUGAACAUGCCACUAGUCUUAUUAUCAGACAUUGUCACAAUUCCCUAGCUUAUUUGCUGUAUUGUGGGUUUUGAUUUGCUGUACGUGAAAUAGGCAAAUACUUGGUCCCUCAUUGAUCUCAUUUGGAUAUUGUGUGUUUACCCCAUUCAAAGUGAAUCUUGCAGAAUCUCAUGUAAAAAAAAAUUAUUAGAAAGUGUGAAUCAUUCAUAAGGGUUUGAAUAUUAGUUUUACUAUCAAUUAAAGGGAUUAAUUUCUGUGUAUUGUGUGUUUAUUUUUCUUCAUUCACUGAUUAGCCAGUAUACAUCAUACAUUACUAGAAAACAGAGAAGUGAAAAAUAAUCAUCUUGCAUGUGUGGUAAGAUAUUAAAGA